GCCAAGAGAGAGAAAAAUGGCGGGAACUCUGGCAAUAGUACCGAGCGAAAGAGUAAAUGAGGCGGCGGCUUCCAUUAGAGAGCAGUGGGAGAUCCAGUUCGCUCGCUUCUUCAGCUACCCUACUCUCUCCUCCACGUGUCCCGAUCUCGUGCCUCUCACAAUUAAAGUCCGAAAACAACGUCGCCAAGGCACCUGGGUCUCUUCCUCCUCCUCCGCUGUUCUGGAGCUCGCGCACGACCUCUCCGGCUCCGAAACAAUCCUCACCGUCUGUUUCAGAGGGAGGAACCUCGAACAACACUACGUGUCCAAGCUGCACUUCUCCUGGCCUCAGGUGUCAUGCUUAUCCGGAUAUCCUGCCAGGGGCAUCAGAGUAGUCUUUGUGAGCUACAAAGAUCAUGUAGGCGAGAUCCAGAAGUUUGCUUUGCGAUUUUCUACAAAUUGUGAGACACAGAUAUUCAUAAAUGCUUUGAAGGAUAUCUUGAAGGAUGCAAGGGAUUUUGCACCUCUAACUAGCAACUUAGGAUCUGAAAUUUUAUCACAAUCUGAGUUCAUGUCUUCUAAUGGACACCCCGAUAGAGCUUGUGAGGAGGACUUGAGUUUUAUGGAUACUGUCCAAGCUUAUACGCCUCAAAUGUCACCAAGUUUCAACACUGAAGUUGAGCAACACUCGUCAGAGCAGGAAAAGAAAACUGACCAGGAAAAGCAAACUGCAGUUUGUCAUGAAAUUGUAGAAAUGGUUGCAGCAUUACCCCCCAGCUUCACAUCGUUACUUACCAACUGUUACUCUGAGGUCACCCAAGGUGCAACCAAAUCAUCUGUUUGCAAGGAAGUUGAUCUCAAAUCCCAAAUCAUGAACUGCUUUUUUCAUACACGUUAUUUGUUUUGUUGCAGAGAUACAUGGAAGAUUCUUCCUUCCAAGAUAUGCUGAUGAGAGUGGAGAAAGUUAUCAGCGAAAUGGGUGGUAAUAUGACACUGUAGUUGAAUAUGGCUUUGCAUAUGACGUCUGGUGCAGAAUGCACAACUCCCCACCCAGGCGUUUGCCUCGUACAGACUAAACUAUCUUCAUAUGAAAAGGUUCCAUUUUUCUUUUGAUGAUUUUUGAAGAUAUUUGUAGAUGACCAAGUUUGCUUGAAAGUUGGGUUUCACAGCCA